CUAAGCAGAGACGCCUCUUCACUGCCCUGGUCGGGAUGGCGGCGACGGUGAGCGUGGAGCCCGCGGGCCCCAGCUGCUGGGACGAGCCGCUGCGCAUCGCCGUGCGCGGCCUGGCCCCCGAGCAGCCCGUCACGCUGCGCGCGUCCCUGCGCGACGAGAAGGGCGCGCUCUUCCGGGCCCACGCGCGCUACUGCGCCGACGCCGGCGGCGAGCUGGACCUGGCGCGCGCGCCCGCGCUGGGCGGCAGCUUCGCGGGGCUCGAGCCCAUGGGGCUCCUCUGGGCCCUGCAGCCCGACAGGCCCUUCUGGCGUCUGACGAAGCGGGACGUGCGGACGCCGCUGGCCGUGGAGCUGGAGGUGCUGGACGGCCACGGCCCGGAGCCCGGGCAGCUCCUGGCCCGCGCGCUGCUGGAGCGCCGCUUCCUGCCGCCGGGGGUGCGGCGCCAGCCGGUGCGCGCGGGCCGGGUGCGCGCCUCGCUCUUCCUGCCGCCAGGCCCCGGGCCUUUUCCUGGCAUUGUGGACAUGUUUGGAGUUGGAGGUGGCCUGCUGGAGUAUCGAGCCAGCCUGCUGGCUGGGAAGGGCUUUGCUGUCAUGGCUCUGGCUUAUUACAACUAUGACGACCUCCCCAAGAGCAUGGAUACCCUCCACCUGGAGUACUUUGAAGAGGCCGUGAACUACCUGCUCAGCCGCCCCGAGGUAAAAGGCCCAGGAAUUGGGCUGCUUGGACAUUCCAAAGGGGGUGAACUUGGCCUCACCAUGGCCUCCUUCCUGAAGGGCAUCACAGCUGCCGUCAUAAUCAACGGUUCCAUAGCUAAUGUUGGGGCGACCUUACACUACAAGGAUGUGACCCUGCCCCCUAUAGGGACCAACAGAAGUCGAAUCAAGAUGACCAAAGAAGGCUUUGCAGACAUUGUGGACGCCCUGAACAGCCCUUUGGAAGGGCCUGACCAGAAGAGCCUAAUUCCUGUGGAGAGGUCUGAGUGCACCUUCCUGUUCCUUGUAGGUCAGGAUGACCACAACUGGAAGAGUGAGUUCUACGCCAAUGAGGCCUCUAAACGCCUCCAGGCCCAGGGGAAGGCAAAGCCCCAGAUCAUCUGUUACCCAGAGGCAGGGCACUACAUCGAGCCCCCGUACUUCCCCCUGUGCCGGGCUUCCCUGCACGCCUUGGUGGGCAGUCCUGUGUUCUGGGGAGGGGAGCCCAGGGCUCAUGCUGUGGCCCAGGUGGAUGCUUGGAAGCAACUCCAGACUUUCUUCCACAAGCACUUGGGUGGUGAGAGUUAGAGGGGCUCUCUGGAAAAUAUAGCCCAUUAUUUGAAGGUUUAGAGGGUGAGAUUAUAUACAUAUUCCAGGAACUUGAAUUUUGAUCAGUUCAUUGGAACACAUUGUCAUAAGCUUUCUAGAUUUUUAUACCUUUCUCUUUAAAUUUUUAAUGUUAAACAUUGCUUUGCUUCCAUUGAAAAAAAUCUCUUGUCAGGAAUGAAUAAAGAGCCAUAAAUAAAUAUACUUUCUAAAAAGUAAAGAUAGGGAGACUGGCACAGUGGGUAAAGCUGCUACCUGUGAUGCUAACAUGCCAUAUGGCUGCUCCACUUCCAAAUCAGCUCCCUGCUAAUGCUCCAGGAAAAGCAGCAGAAAAUGGCCCUUGUGUUUGGGCCUCUUCCACCCUCGUGGGAGACCUGGAAGAAUCUCCUGGCUCCUGGCUUUGGCCUGGCCCAGCUCAGGCUGUUGCAGCCAUGUAGGGAGUGAACCAGCAGAUGGAAGACCUCUCUCUGUGUGUCCUUCCAUCUUUCUCUCUGUCUCUCUCCAACUCUUUCAAAUAAAAUAAUAAUAAAAAAAUUAAAGGUAGGAAUAUCACAGAGGUGAAUGCUUUGUUAUCAAUGCUUGGACAAGUGUUACAACCAUCACUCCUCACCCCAGAGGAAACCUCUGAGAUGGUCUGAUAUGUAUUCUUUCAGUUGUUAAGCUUAGUAUAUAUGUAUGUGUCAAUAAAACAUGCUUUUUGUUACAUAAACAUUUUUAUGGGAAUAUUGAUUUUACAAAAUAAACAGAUGGUUGGGAAAGAAUACCUUUUAUCUGAGACAUACUCUAUGUCACAGCAACACAUAGAACUGAGCAGGGUUUUAAUCCAGGACAGAAGAGAGGAACUAGGAGGAUAAACAGUGCUUCUGGGAUACCCAUGUUAUUCCAACUGCUUAAUCCUCACAACCAUCCUGUGAGGCAAGUGAAAAAAUGUGUACAAGCAAAGGCUCUUGUCUGCAACAUUUUAAAGGAAAAUUAGUCCACCAGAGUCAGUGAUUGCUAUUAACAGUCACUCCUCUAGCCAAAGGUAGAAUAGAAAGUCAAAGUCAAUGUAAAACCUCUAUCUCAGGGCUGCUGCAGUGCUGGCAUCCCAUAUGGUUGCCAGUUCGAGUUCUGGCUGCUCCACUUCCAAUCCAGCUCUCUGCUAUGGCCUGGGAAAGCAGUAGAAGAUGGCCCAAGUCCUUGGUUCCCUGUAUCCACAUGGGAGACCCAGCAGAAUCUUCUGGCUCCUGACUUUAGACUGGUCCUGCUCCAGCUAUUGCAGGCAUUUGGGGAGUGAACCAGCAAAUGGAAGACCUCUCUUUCUUCUCUGUCUCUCCCUCUCUCUGUCUGUAACUUUGCUUCUCGAAUAAAUAAAUAAAUUUA